AUGACCAACUUUCAGAAAGCCUUGUUUAAUGCCAUUGUCAAGAACCUGCUUCGUGGCAAGUCUCUGAUACAGGCCAUUCUGGCUUACUGGGUCAGCCCAUUGCCAGCCGAGACGGGAAAAGAAAAGGCCCCCAGAUCACUGCAGGCAUUCCUCAAGGAGGCAGAAGCUGCCUUUCUCGGUCCCAUUAGUGGCAAUGGUCUUCAGGAGCUUUCCGCCGGCUUGAAGAAACAGUUUAUCCAACGGUUGCACACAGACGAACAGUGCAUGCUACCCUCUUACAGCCACCGCUUACCACUGGGGAGCGAAUGUGGAGAGUACGUAGCUCUGGAUGUUGGCGGCUCAAACUUGAGAGUCGCCGUCGUGGCUCUGCGAGGUCGUGAGGCAGAAAUCGACAAGCAGGGUGAGAUUGUUAGCAUGCAAAGCUACCGCAUCGGGAAACAUGUCAAGAAUCUCCAGGGAAUGCAAUUUUUCGACUGGAUGGCCCAAAAAAUUACCCUGACGCUUAGUAAGAGCGGUAACGAUGGCCACGGUUUGGAAAGGCCGCUACCCGUGGCUUGCGCAUGGAGCUUCCCCCUUGAACAGACCUCCAUGGGUGGCGGCAAGUUGCUGCCGAUGGGCAAGGCGUUUCUGGCGGACCAGGGGCUGUUGGGUAAGGACCUCGGAGACGUCAUCAAGCAGUCGUGCAAGAACCACGGUCUUCACGUUGAGUUGCGGGCCAUUUUAAACGACUCGGCUGCUUGUUUACUAUCCCGCGCUUAUUCCCACGCAUCCACUCGGUUCGGCCUGAUUUUGGGGACCGGCGUCAAUCUAGCAGCCUAUCUCCCGGUGCCCAGCAUCGGAAAGAACAAGUUUGGCGUUCGAGAGCAAGUAUGGUUUGACGAAGCUAGUCAUGUAAUCGUCAACACGGAACUGGGCAUGUUUGGCCACGACAUUCUCCCACUCACAAACUGGGAUCGGGCCUUGGCGAGACAACACCCUCGUCCCGAUUUUCAACCCCUCGAGCACCUCGUCAGUGGCAUGUACCUAGGGGAGAUUGUGCGACUGGCUCUGCUCGAGGCUAUCGACACUACAGGCCUCCUCGGGGGCGUUGCUCCCGCGUCCUUGCAGACUACCUAUUCCUUGAAAACUGAAACAAUUUCCAGGAUUCAAAGCGACACCUCUUCUGACCUUGGAGAAGCCAUCAAACUUUUUUCGAAACGCCACCCCUCGUCUCAUCAGCCCACGACUUCCGACCUCGCUGCCAUCAGAGCAGUCGCCUCUUUUGUGUCUGUUCGCUCAAGUGCGCUUGUUGCCGCCUGCGUCUAUACUCUUUGGGAUCUGCGCUUGGAUCUGGAGAAGCAGCACGUCGGCAGGCUGCCUGCCGCAUCACCUGAAGGAAAGCGGUUCGAGGCCGACAUCAACCCGGAGAUUACCACCGUCGCCUUCAAUGGCAGCGUCAUUGAAAACUAUCCUGGUUAUCUCGCUAGCUGCCAACGCUACUUGAACGAACUGAUUGAGAGUAAAGGUAUGCCUGAACCUUGCUGCAUUGGUCUCGUCGCUGCCAAGGAGAGUUCCUUGAUGGGCGCAGCCGUUGCUUUGGCUUGCGUUGCGCAUAACGAAUGA